ACUUCGGCUGCAGGUUUCCCAGAGGAUCUAUUUUUCCCAGCGGCAGCUCGUAGCUUCUUACCUCAUAACCUCCGAUGACGUUUAUGGCGCCAGAAAUCAAGGGUUUAGUGAGGAGCUCGCGUGUGUCAGCUGGUGGAUAUUUACCCUUAUCCGUGUUAUGCUGGCGGUACGGUAAAUAGCAAGCGUUUUUUUUAGGUGGAAUAUCGGCUGACUGUCCGUCGUUCAUGCUAGUAUAAGCUCGUUUAAGAGCCAAGAUGGUGAUACUACGCAGCAGCGGCAGCGUCGGAGCCGAGCCUGGAGCAACUACUCCGAAAAGGAGGUCGAUGGAGUUGGAUACGAGCUCCGAGUUUCUGUCGCUGCUUCCCGCAUCGCAGAGAAAGUCCGCCCGGCUGACCCGCUCCUCCCGACCCGUGGAUGACAGCUUCAGCAGCCCCGAAAACAACACGGCGAAUGGACAUGUGGAUAUGAAGCAGGAGGAGGGAACUGGUCUCCAUCACUCUCUGAGGACCAGAAGACAGAGAGUUAAUCUUGAAGUCUCUUUUGCUGAGAUGGACCCAAAGACAAGCUCGCCUGUGGAUGAAGACAAGGUUGGAGGCUGCUGCACCAGGAAAUCCUCCAGACUGCAGAGAGAAGGCAAAGCAUCCAGUGGCAAGCAGCAAGCAGAUGUUCCAGAUGAAGUGGAAGGCUCAUCUACUCCCAAGAGAAGUCGGUUUAACCUGCAGAGUCGACAAGUGGAAGAAGAGGAGGAGGAGGAAGAGGAAGAUCGCUCAGUGCGACGUAGCUCCCGAAUCACCAGAUACAAACUGGAUUCCCGUAAACAGUCUGUGCUCUAUGAUCGCCUCAUCACCAACACUGCCGAAGCUGUUCUCCAAAAGAUGGACGACAUGCAGAAGAUGAGACGCAGACUGAGGAGCAGAGACAGGGAUCGAGACGCUAAAGAAGAGCUGGGCGUGUACGCCAGUGUCAGAAUGAGAAGGUCUCUGAGGACAGAUGUGGAGAGCAAAGAAACUGAAGAGGAGAACCAAGGAGAGGAUGAAGAUGAUAAUGAUGAUGAAGAGGAGGAAGAAGAUGGUGAAGAUGACGAGGAGGAAGAAGAUGACGAAGAUGAGGAUGCCGAAGACGAGGAAGAGGAAAACCAGCGGCGCUAUGACUUCAGACAGCGAAAGACGGUGGUUCGCUACCAGGCACCGCAAGACGAACCCAGAGAGCCCAGGAAGCGCAGCAUGUACUUCAAGGGCCACUCAUCUCCUACCAGACGCAGGUUCAGAUUCAGCUCCACAGCGCCCAGGAGCCCCUACAACAGGAGGAGAACCAGCAGGAGUAGUUCUGAGAGAAGAAGGCAUGCCAUCCACAGCAGUGACUCUACGUCCUCCUCCUCAGACGAUGAAAAAUUCCAGAGAAGGAGGAGCAAGAACAGGAGCAUGUCAGUCAACAGAUGUCUGCCAAUGAAUCUUGUAAAAGAAGAUCUACUGGGAAUCCACAAGGACAGGAUGAAGAUUGGAGCCAGUCUCGCUGAUGUGGAUCCCAUGCACAUAGACAAGACAGUGCGAUUUGACAGCAUUGGAGGUUUGAACAGACACAUCUCAGCACUGAAGGAGAUGGUGGUGUUUCCUCUCCUUUAUCCAGAGGUCUUUGAGAGGUUCAGGAUCCAACCACCCAGGGGCUGCCUAUUUUACGGUCCCCCAGGCACCGGGAAAACCCUCGUAGCCAGAGCACUGGCCAAUGAGUGCAGUCAGGGGGAAAGAAAGGUGUCAUUCUUUAUGAGGAAAGGAGCUGACUGCCUCAGUAAAUGGGUGGGAGAAUCUGAGAGGCAGUUACGACUGCUGUUUGACCAGGCGUAUCAGAUGCGUCCGUCCAUCAUCUUCUUUGAUGAGAUUGAUGGUUUGGCUCCAGUCAGGUCCAGCCGUCAGGAUCAGAUCCACAGUUCCAUUGUGUCAACCCUCCUGGCUCUGAUGGAUGGAUUAGACAGUAGAGGAGAAGUUGUUGUGAUUGGAGCUACAAACAGACUGGACUCCAUCGAUCCAGCGCUCAGAAGACCAGGACGCUUCGACAGAGAGUUCCUCUUUGGCCUGCCAGACAGAGAGGCAAGAAAGGACAUUCUGAAGAUCCACACCAGACAAUGGACUCCUCCACCUUCAGACGCUUUUCUGGAGGAACUGGCAGAUAAAUGUGUUGGUUAUUGUGGAGCAGACAUCAAGGCGGUGUGUUCAGAGGCGGCCCUGUGUGCGCUGCGGCGUCGCUACCCACAGAUCUACUCUUCAUCACAGAAGCUUGUGCUGGAUGUCAAUUCCAUUUCCAUCACUAACAAAGACUUUUUGUGCGCCAUGUCCAAGAUGGUGCCAGCUGCCCAGAGGGCAGUAGUGUCUCCAGCCAAAGCCCUGAUACCUGCCAUCCGCCCUCUGCUGAGUGCUGCGUUGCAGAACAUCCUCCACACAGUCAGCAGAGUGUUCCCACAUGCUGAGCAGGGCUUAAAGAGGAGGAGAGAACAAGAUCUCCCUGGUGGUGUAUCCGAGGAUGAACUGAUGUUCAGUGACGAAGAAGACUCAGAGAUUUCCUCCAGCAAACAGACUUCUCACUCCCAACUUAAAACAUCUGCUGCUAAUGGUCUCCUUAACCUCAACAGGACUGUGUUAAGCCAGCCGACAUCCUACCGUCCCAGACUGCUGCUGGAGGGCAGACCAGGCUCAGGUCAGAGCUCCCACCUGGCUCCUGCCGUUCUUCAUGCCCUCGAGAAAUUCACUGUAUACACACUGGACAUGGCCGUGCUGUUUGGAGCCAGUGCAACUGCUCCAGAAGAGACCUGUGCUCAGAUUUUUGUUGAAGCCAAGCGGACAUCUCCCAGUAUCCUUUACAUCCCUCACAUUGGACAGUGGUGGGAAACUGUGGGUCCUGCCUUAAGAGCUACCUUCCUGAGCCUGCUGAGCUCCAUCCCUGCCUUCUCUCCUAUACUGCUGCUGGCUACCUGCAACCUCCAUUAUGACCAACUCAGUAUGGAGGUGAAGGAGUUGUUUCGUAUCGAGUAUGGAGAGGUCUUCCAUGUCCAGGUCCCCACCAGCCAAGAAAGAAGAGCCUUCUUUGAGGAUCUAAUCCUCAACCAGGCUGCUAAGGCCCCACCCUCUAGAAAGAAAGCUGUGCUCCAUGCAUUAGAGGUGCUUCCAGUUGCCCCUCCACCUCCUCCACGUCAACUGACCAAAGAGGAAACCCAGCGAUUGGAGGAACAGGAGGAAGGCACCCUCAGGGAGCUUCGCCUCUUUUUGCGUGAUGUCACCAACCGCCUUUCCCAAGAUAAACGGUUCAAAGCUUUUACAAAGCCUGUGGAUUUAGAGGAGGUUCCAGAUUACGCUGAGGUGAUCAAGAAGCCUAUGGACCUGUCAACGGUGCUCUCUAAGAUAGACCUCCAUCAGUAUGGUACAGUCAAAGAGUUUCUCGGGGAUGUGGACCUCAUCUGGCAGAAUGCCCUCGAAUACAACCCAGACAGAGACCCCUCAGAUCGUCAGAUCCGCCACAGAGCAUGUGCAUUGAAGGACACUGUCCAUGCUAUUAUCAGGGAUGAACUGGAUGAAGAUUUUGAGACGAUUUGUGAGGAGAUCAAAGUUUCACGCACAACAAGAGGAGGUUGCUCCAAUGCCAGGUUUGCUCCCUCCUACUAUCACGUCCUUCCAAAACAGCCCAAAUCUCCUGCUGAAGCAAAGAUCACAGAUGCGACGCCACAAAGGGAGCCGGUUGGAAACACGGUUGCAGCUACUCCCACUGCAACUUCUUCCACUGUUACCACACCCAAACACACAGCCCAGAAGAAGAAACGGCGAAAGAAUCGCUGGUCCAAUGGCUACCUUGCAAAGAAGAAGUCCUCCUCUCCACAUGUGUCCAGAGAUGAUGCACAGUUAGGGUCAGAUGAGGAUGAGGAAGAUGGAGAUGAUGAGGAUGAGGCUGAGAAAGGAGGAGUAGAGCGUGAUGAGGCUGAUGGAGCUGAGGCGGAUCAGAUGGUGGUUGAUGCAGAGUCAGGACCUACCGCAGCUCAGGAAGGUAGUUUUGUGGAUGCUGUAAGGCAGCAAGACAGUCAGGAGGAGAAGAAGGAGGAUGAGGAGAGGAAAGCAGCUGCUGAAAAUGUGGUAGUAUUAUGUGAUAAAAAGAAACCGGAAAAUGAAAACCAGACACUGAAAGAAAAAGAAAAGAUGGACAAUGCUGCCACACAGCAGGUAGAGGACAAUAACAAGUGUGAAAAUAAGAAGCAUGAGACUAUUUCUGUGAACACUAACAAAGACGGCUCCACCAAGACAGAACGAUAUACCCAGCAACCUAGAACAGUUGAAACUCUCUUUCUCAAUCUGUCAGAAACUCAGAUUGAAGAGAGUCUUUCUGUGGGACAGGAAGAAAACAGUCAGGUAGUUACAGUAGAGGAAGAAGGGCUGAACAACCCAACUGAGCCAAUGGAGGUGGAAGCAGCAGAAACCUCAACCACAGAUGCAUCUGCAGCUGCCAGGGGAGAGGAUGACACAGGCACAGACCGAAACGUGAGGCGAAUGACACGGGCUCUAAAAAAUGCUGUGCUGCAGCAGCAGAUGAUCAAUGUGGACAAAGCUCUGCAGAUCCUGGACCAGGAAACUCCUCCUCUGGUUGUGGACAGAGACAAAUUAAAGGAGCUGUUUGAGAGGGUAGUAUCUAAGACUGACGGUUAUGAGGUCUACAAGCUGGAGAAACUCUACGCUCUGCUCUGCCAGAGCAUCUACAGACACAGACGAGACUACAACAAAGCUGUGCUAAUACAGGAGUUGGAACAAGAGAUUGAAGACUUCUGUUGACUUUUCCACACGAAUGUGACCAUUUCUAGUAAUUUUUCUCAUCUCCUGACUGGACUGUGUAUAUAUACAAACAGCGGUUCUAUUUUCAUAGAAAUCUACAGGCCACCUAUAUUUGUGCAUUAGCUACAACUUUGUAUUACGUCUUUUCUUCUAUUCAAUUAAAUGACUUUCCUCUAAAUGUUAGCGUGCCUUUUUAUGAGGUCAAGAUUACAGACUGACUAGAGCUGAAGGAGUAUGAAAUACUGAAGUUUGUGAAGAAUUUGAUAGGGAGGCCUUUGCCAUCACUUUUAGCAAGCCUGGAUUCAUUUGUCCACUACAGUGUGUUGGUGACAUUUGUAUUAGAAAGUGCCCUGUUUACUGAAAUUCCUGUCUCACUACUAUAUUUUCUUGAAUUUGUUAAAACAUGUGCUAAUAAAACAUUGACUGUGUAAAAGCAAGACUGGUUGAAAAAGUGUCAGCAAAGUCGGAGAUGCUAGAAUUAAUGGAUUUCUCCACUAAUUUCACACAUUUAAUGGAUGAAUGUCUCCAUGUCUGCUUCACAAUUUGUGAGCAUUCUUUUAAAUCUGUCUUUUAACCCUAAGACUUUGUGAUGGCACAACAAAAAUAGAUGAAAAGCUGCAGAUCUUUUCUGUUUAAUAGAAAAGUGCCGCUUCAUCUAUGAUUGACUAUUCACAAAAAGAUGUUUAUGCGUCUGAAAGUUUUCCUCCAGCCAUACUGAUAUUUUUAAGCUGUUGACUAGUAAUUUCCACCUUGGCAAAAACAAGUUCAGUUCAGGCAUUUGUUGAUUCUCUGCAUGUACUUGUAGAAUUGGAGUUAAAUCUGGUAAUUGCUAGUUUUCCAGUAGAACUUUUUUGCAAAAUCAUUGCUCUAUGGCUGUGUGCAACACCCACUUUCCAUUCAAGCAAGUGGUUACGAGAAAACCACAAGAUGUUUACACUGAUUUUGGAGCAAUAAAAAAUGUUAUUGUCACUAAAAAGAUUUGAGACGGUAUAAAAUGCAGCUUAUAUGUAAGCAAAAUGUGAACAUGUUUUUAUUAAAGUGUUAAUGAUUUAA